AAAACGGCCUAUUUGAAAUAAAAACUAUGAUGAUUUUUUAUUUUGAUGCAAAGCAGAUAAAGCCUUAAGAAACUUUCCAAAAAGGAAAUUCUCCUUGAUGUUGUCAGCGUCGUGUCGAAGCGACCACCCAGUUCGUGAGUGUACCAUUUCUAAAGCAACUUAGAAAGCCACAGUCACCCUUUAAAGCGUAUGUUCUAUGUUCAUUCCUCUCAUACAGCCCCAACGGUUGGAGGGAUUUGAAUUUUUUAAAUCACUAGAUCAAAUAAGCAAAUAAAAACGACACCCCGAUAAUAGUACCGCAGCGAAAUCGGUACAUUUGCUUCGUAGCGACGGUAUCAUACACAGAUUGACGCAUGGAAAAAUACAGUGUUGAAACUUAUAACACCUUUCUUAGAAAAGAUGGUUUUCUAGAUACUCAUGAUCUUGAAAUAGAAGAUUUUAGAGGACAAUCCCUAGAAAACCCCUUUUCAAAUAAAAAUCGAUUCAUCCUUUAUAGUGCCACGGUUCUACACAUAGACACACACAUAAUGGUCACAUUUAUACCAACCUUCUUUUACUCGCAACGUAUACAUACACCUAUUACCUUUUCAAAACGUCAAAAUUCUCAAAGAGUUAUCAUAAAAAUAAUUUUAGUUAUUCAUAUCACCUACUUUCUCUAGUUAGUACCUAAUUAUUCCGAUUUUUCUUCAUAAUUAACCUCAAUAAAUACUAAUAUAACCUACUACCUACAUGUAUGUUGUCUAGACUUCCCGAUAGCCAACGUCCAGUGCCAGUACGACUGUCCGUCGGACGAGGAGCGGCGCGCGCGGCCUCCGCCCGACCACACGUACGACACGCCCGACGAGCCGCCGGCGUUCAUCAUACGACACGUGGCCAAUGCUCUACAGAUGCCGAGCCCACCUCACUUCCCCGAGUCUCGGCCCAAGAUCAUGACGAUAGGCCCGACGUCCGCGUCCGCCGUCAACGUCAUACACGUCGGGGACAGCCCGCAGGCGGGCUCCUGCUCCCAGCCGACGGAGUACAGCAUCAACAAGCGCAUCCGCCGCAGCGAGGUGGUGCUGCGCCAGGCCGCCGACUGCGUCAGCCGCGGCCUCACCUUCCAGACCGUGUCCGAGCAGUUCAACAUACCUAUAUCUACUAUACGUUUCUUCAUGGCGCGGAAAGGCAUUUUACCGCGGCGCAGACGAGGGCGAAGCACGCAGCCGAGUCGUCCAUGCAGCAGUCCAGAGCCCCCCUUCCACAUGCAACACUUCAAACUGCCAGACAUGGUGGCCCUGAGACCAGACGACGACGACCCCCCGCAGUAGGACACUAACAACCAACCAGGGGUCUACAGUCACUGGUCACAAGCAACUGUAAAUAUUGCCUUAACUAUUACUAAGGACGCAAUAUAUAGUUAAUACUUACUUUAUAUAUGUAUGUGGUCUUCGUGAAGACAAUCUGUGUACUUUAGAAAUGAAUAUUCAAUAACUUUUGUAGUUGUGGAAAAGAGAUACCGUUAUACACCUUGUACAUGCUGUCUUACUUACACACCUGCAAUAGUCUUGCCUUAAGAGAGAGUGGUAUGAUACCCCUUAAGGUGGGGAGUGGGGCGGAGAGGAAUGGAGGGUAGAGGAUUGAAAAUUUGACAGUUAAUUGAUUGGCCUGUGGUUAGUGUACCUGACUGCUAUGCCGGAGGUCCUGGGUUCGAUUCCCACCCAGGACAAAUG